GCAGGGAAGUCUGUCACCGUCUCACCGUCUCUACUGUUGGACCUGCUGGAGCUUUCGAGGUUCUGAUCGGUUCCAUUUUUGUUUUUGUUCAAACUCACAAUCUGUGCGUCGGCUUCUUAACCAGUUUUCGAUAAAAACAAAUACUGUGAGGAUUGUGUUCAUCUUGAGACGAACACCGGAAAGUGCUCAGUAAAGCGAAAGUUAAGAAUCGAGAUGAGUGUGGAGGCGUACGGGCCGAGCUCCCAGACCCUCACCUUCCUAGACACCGAGGAAACAGAGCUGCUAGGAGCGGACACCCAGGGCUCCGAAUACGACUUUACCGACUUUACCCUUCCCAGCCAGACGCAAACUCAAGGCCAGACCCAGAGCCAGCUGGACAACCAGGUUAAUGGUCCUGAUGAGGGUCUUCACAACGGUGGAGUGGAUGACUCCGUGGCCAAAGCAAGCCAGCUGUUGGCCGAGCUCAACUUUGAGGAAGAUGAAGAAGACUCUUACUACACCAAAGACCUGCCUCUGCACGCAUGCAGCUACUGUGGUAUUCAUGAUCCAGCGUGCGUGGUGUACUGCAAUACCAGCAAGAAGUGGUUCUGUAAUGGACGUGGUAACACAUCUGGCAGUCACAUUGUGAACCACUUGGUGAGAGCCAAAUGCAAGGAGGUGACGCUGCAUAAAGAUGGGCCGCUGGGCGAGACUGUGCUGGAGUGUUACAACUGCGGCUGUCGCAAUGUCUUCCUCCUGGGCUUUAUCCCGGCCAAGGCUGACUCUGUGGUGGUUCUUUUGUGCAGGUAAGUGCGGCU